CUGGCACCCGUGUCGAUGUCGAACAUCCAGAUUGGUGUGUCCCAACUUGCCAAAACUGGAAGCAAGGCACAACUUGAGAUAAUCAGACAAUGGCUGGAGCAUUGCGACAAAAACCACUCAGAAUGUUGCCCUGCUGCCCUCUCAACCAGCGGCUUCUCCAUCCCGACCCGGCUCGUCGAUGUGGGAGAGCCACAAUGUCCUUCAAUCAAGCUCGUCAAGACGAAACCAGGCGACCAGAUGAGAUACAUUGCAUUGUCACAUCAAUGGGGGAAACUGAAGCACUUUUGUACCACGAUGCAGAAUAUUGAGCAUCACAGAGACAAGAUCAACAUGCACGAACUUCCAAGUACAUUUCGCGAUGCAGUGAAUGUAACAAGGGGGCUGGGCAUCCGUUAUAUAUGGAUUGACUCGAUUUGCAUCAUUCAAGGAGCGGACGGCGAUUUCCACCAAGAAGCUCCGAAGAUGGAGGGAGUGUUCAGCUCAGCGUAUGUGGUGUUGGCAGCGAGCUCGAGCGAUGGGCAGAAUGAUGGGUUUCUCAAGGAGCGUGGAAGUCGGCAAUGCAUCAGGAUCCUACACGAGAACAUGCCGGACUUUUACAUCGGUCAUUUUAUUGACGACUUCACCAAGGACGUCAUAGACAGCCCGCUGAAUAAACGCGGGUGGGUGCUUCAGGAACGAGCCUUAGCUCGCAGGACAAUCUACUUCACACAUACUCAGACAUAUUGGGAGUGUGGACAAGGAGUGCAUUGUGAGACUUUCAGGAAGAUGCAUAACGAAUUGUCAUCAUUCAUUGGCGACCCAAAUUUCCCAAUGGUAGCCCUCAAAUCCACACGCGGUGCUCGGAUUCGGUUGUUCCAGAACUUGUACAGACAGUACUCUCGCCUUGAUUUCACAAGGGACUACGACCGCCCUCUUGCAAUCGCCGGGCUCGAGAAAAGGCUAAUUCAGGCCUUCAAUACGUCUGGAGGAUUCGGUAUCUUCGACGAUGGGCGCGGUCUGCUCCGACGAAGCCUCUUGUGGUAUCGCAGCAGCAUCGACACACCCCUUAAACUCAUUCAGUUUCCGAAUGACUGGAAGUUGAAGGUGCCCAGUUGGUCCUGGAUGGCCUAUCAGGGGGGGAUUGAGUACCUUGAAUUGCCCUUCCAGGGGGUGGACUGGCUAUUAGAGGAGAUGACGCCGCCAUGGUGCACGUCCGAGACUACAUCUACCUGGCGUACAGGAGACGAAGAAGAAGUCCCAGAGCUGCAUGCGGUAGCAAGAAGUUUUGAUUUGGGCCGUAUGGGCAGAUCAACAAGAGGAGAGGCCCACGCCAUAUAUGACAGACCUGUGGGCGGGACCAAGCCAAAUUCCAGCCAUAAUUCAGUCAAAUGUGUGGUCAUGGGCAGGCUAAGGGAUCCCGCACAAAUCGAGCGAAACCGAAGACAUUACGUUCUUUUAGUGAGAGAAGGUAUCAGUGGAGGUCAGCGUCAGAGGCGCCCAGUCUGGGAGAGAGUAGGCGUUGGGUACUUACCGGGAGGCUGGAUUUCAUUGAAUGACGACGGCAUGGAUGUUGUAGUUCGUUAAAUCUACCUGUUGUCAACCCCUCAAGUCUCCCUGUAUCUUGAGGAUUCACAAUAAAACUUUCGCCUGACUCAGAGUCCACCGUCUCCGAGAAUUCAUUUGAUCUCAC